GGUCUCUGCGCCGCCAGGAGGAAAAAGCGAGCCCACAUUCGCAGCAGCAGCAGCGAAGAAGUUUAGUGAUAGGAUAUGAGAAAUAAUUUUCCUAUAGUAGAACGCAAGCAUUAUAUCUAGUUGCUCGGUUUUCAGUUUUUUAGGUUUUAAUUUUAAAAAAAUUGUACAUAGGACUUUUUAGGGCACGAAAAUUGAUCGUGUCCGUUUUCGGCAUAGCUAGGUGCAUUUCUAGUUUCUCGUAUUGUUUUCAGUUCGGAAUUUUGUUAACUCUAAAAAAAUGUUUUAUCCACUGCAACCAACUUUCGAAGAUGGAGUGAUCGAACUUGCCCGUCCAGAGAUGCUGGCCCAGAUCCCUCUGAAUGACAAUAAGAACUCAUUAGCAAUGUCACUUGAUCGUUUGUCUGACAACAAACAUUCCCUAGCGAUGUCACUUGAUCGGCUAAAUGACAAUAAGCAUUCGCUAGCGAUGUCACUGGACCGAUUGACUGAUAACAAACAUUCGCUUGCCGUCUCGCUCUCUCUGGGGAAUACGCUACUUAAUCUGAACAAAGUCAAAUGUCCACAAUGCAGAAAGCGCUUCGAUACGAUGGAAGAGAUGCAACAGCAUCGCACCAAGCAUCUGACGGAAAAUAAGUUCAAGUGUGAAAUAUGCAGCAAGGAAUUCCCUAGUCAUAGUUCGAUGUGGAAGCAUACCAAAGCUCACACUGGCGAGCGUCCAUUUGUCUGCCAGAUUUGUAACAAGGGCUUCACGCAACUAGCGAACUUGCAGCGACAUGAUCUCGUACACAAUGGAUUGAAGCCAUUCAAAUGUCCGAUUUGCGAAAAGAGUUUUACGCAGCAGGCUAAUAUGUUGAAGCAUCAACUUCUGCAUACCGGACUUAAACCAUACAAAUGUCCUGUGUGCGAAAAAGCGUUUUCUCAACAUGCCAACAUGAUAAAACAUCAGAUGCUUCAUACAGGUUUGAAGCCUUAUAAAUGCCCAGUGUGCCAUAAGGCUUUCACCCAACACGCCAACAUGGUUAAACAUCAGAUGCUUCAUACUGGUUUAAAACCGUAUAAGUGUCCCGUUUGUGAUAAAGCAUUUACUCAACAAGCAAAUAUGGUUAAGCAUCAAAUGCUACACACCGGAGUUAAACCCUAUAAGUGUCCCACGUGUGGCAAGGCAUUUGCACAACAGGCAAACAUGGUCAAGCAUCAGAUGCUUCAUACCGGAGUCAAACCAUACAAAUGUCCUACCUGUGGAAAAGCAUUUGCUCAGCAGGCGAACAUGAUGAAGCAUCAGAUGCUCCACACCGGUCUGAAACCUUACAAGUGUAACACGUGCGGAAAGGCUUUCGCGCAACAAGCCAACAUGGUUAAACAUCAGAUGCUUCAUACUGGUAUUAAACCGUACAAAUGCAAUACGUGUGGCAAAGCUUUCGCACAACAGGCCAACAUGGUCAAACAUCAAAUGCUUCACACUGGAGUGAAACCCUACAAAUGUUCAAUAUGCGAUAAAGCAUUUGCGCAGCAAGCCAACAUGGUUAAGCAUCAGAUGUUGCACAGCGGAAUUAAACCAUAUAAAUGUCCGACAUGCGAUAAAGCCUUUGCCCAGCAGGCUAACAUGGUUAAGCACCAGAUGCUGCACACUGGUGAAAAGCCGUUUAAAUGCAAGAGCUGUGAUAAAGCAUUCUCACAACGUGCCAAUCUCAAAAAGCAUGAAAUGGUCCACCUCGGAAUUCGUCCGCACCUAUGUCCGUUGUGCUCUAAAUCCUAUUCGCAGUAUUCGAAUCUGAAAAAGCAUCUACUGGUCCACCAGAAACAAUCGUUGAAACAGCAACAACAGAAUGGCCAGGUCAUGGUGAUUCUAUACAAUUGCCAAACAUGCAAAAUGCAGUUCGAGAAUAUUCUUGAAUUUGAGCGCCAUACCAGGCAAUGCAAUGUGUUAAACAAUGGUAACCACGCUCUGAAGUUGGAAAGUAUUAACAUAAAGAGUGAAAUUGACACCGAUGGAAGUUCAAAUCCGGGAAUGCCACAACACAUUACGGUGCCUCAUAGCCAGUCUCAGUCUCAAAUGCACAUCCCAUCUGCGAUAUUGACAUCGGUGAUCUCCUCUUCGGCGGCUGUGACCAAUGCUCACAUCUUGAGCACUACUCAUGCCAACCAUCAUUCUAGUGGUCAUCCGCAGCAUCCUCAACAUCCCCAGCAGCAGCAUACACCACCAACGGUAACAGUGCAACAUCAGCAACAGCAGCAACAACAACAAUCAGCUGCUCAUCAGCAGCAGAUCCCUUCCAUAACUCACCAACAGCACACGUCCCUCCAGCAGCAGCAUAAUCUGCCGAUACAUCUGCAGCAACAGCUAUCCCACCACCUAAUUUCCUCCCAUCUUCCCCACCAGGAUCAUGGCUCGAAUGAUCUCCACCAUCAAGUCAAUUUCCAUCAUCCGCACAUACCACAUAUCUCCAAUUUACCUCAUAAGAUCCUGUCUCCUCUAUUCCAUAUUCCUCCCUUUAACAAUAACCAUGGUACAUAAUGGAGCGCACGGAAGGGAUCAUCAUCUUCGAUUAGUGGAUCCCUGCUUGAAGCAGUGACAGCCUCAAGUGUGACAGCUAAGAGCGCGAAAGAAACAUCGAAAACACGGAUCCUCGAUGGAUAUCACAGAGGUAGGAUAGCCACAAUCCACCCACAGCCACAGUGACCGAGGCAGCAAUAUCACUAAUCAAAAUAUGUACUAAAAAGGACAUGCAAAUCGAAAGAUCAAAUCACAAAAAUUAGCAUUUUCCGAAUACUCUGAGAGUAUCAUGUGGUCAAGAUGUGACUGUUUUUAUUAGGAUUUUACAGAUUCUAUAAAUAAGUUUACCAUUGAA